CCAUAUCACAGUCCUGGAAGCCGGCGAUUGCCAACUCGUUGCAGGCAAAAAUGGUCAUGAAAAUAUUGCUGAUAUGUUCCGUCGCAGUUAUCACGUCAGCUUCUAUCCCGAGGCCACGAGGAGUCGCUGAUUCAAAUGCAUCCCACUAUCAGCCUAACAGUGAAAACGUGUUUGUGUGCGUUGAUGGUUCUCAGUCUUUCCCUUACUCCUAUGUGAACGACGACUACUGUGAUUGUGCUGAUGGAUCAGAUGAACCAGGAACAUCUGCAUGCCCAAAUGGCAAGUUCACUUGCACCAAUGCAGGACACAGACCACUGAUAGUUCCAGCUUCCCGUGUAAAUGAUGGCGUUUGUGAUUGUUGUGACGGGACAGAUGAAUAUUCAGGAAACAUUGCUUGUGUUAACAGUUGCAAUGAACUGGGAAAGAAACACAAAGAGGAGGUGGAACGUAUCAUGAAGCUACAGGAGGAGGGAAUGAGAAAGAAGAAAGAAUUUGCAGAAUCUGGCAAGAAAAUGAAAGAAGAGAAAAAGGCUAGACUUGAGCAAUUGCAAGCUGACAGAGAAGCAGCUGAGACAGAACGCCAGGAAAUGGAAAGCAAGAAAGAUGAAGCUGAAGCUCCAGAGAAGGAAGCUAAAGACAAACAUCAAAAAGCCUGGGAUGAAGAAAAAGCUCGUAAGUCAGCAGAAAAGGAUGCAGCUGCUGCUGCAGCAGCUUUCAACGAACUGGAUUCCAACAAUGACAACUUUGUUGAUGUACUGGAAAUGGUCAUCCACAUUGAGUUUGACAUUGACUCCAAUGGUGUGGUCAGUGAAGAGGAAGUGAAGGAACAUCUUGAAGAAUCUGAUAAGGUAGACAUGGACAAUUUUGUAUCCAAAAUCUGGCCCAACAUCAAACAAAUCUACAAACCCUUGGUUCCUGAAGACACCCAAACUGAUGGAGAGGCACCAUCUCCAGCCGAGCCACAGGGAGAGACAGCUACUCCCCCCGCAGAGGAAACAAAUGGAUCUCCCAACUCCCUUCCUCCCCCUCCUCUGGAGCCUGAAGAUUAUUACGAGGAGGAUGAGGAGGAGGAGGAAGAGGAUGAUGAGGAGGACGAUGACAUGGAUGAUAGGGAUGAUUAUCAUGAUUCUGACACUAGCACUGCUGUACCAUUGCCAUCAAUCACAGAAGAAGGCACUUUGGUCACACCUGCAUCCCCUACUAAUGAAGUACAGACAGAGGGAGACACCGAGGAGAAGAUGCCUGCUUAUGAUGAAGAGACACAAGUACUGAUAGAAGCUGCUGAUAUUACUAGGAAUGCUUUCAAUGCUGCCGAUGAAAAACUGAAAUCCAUUGACAGAGAAAUAUCGUCUCUACAGAGUUAUAUGAACCUAGACUUCGGUAACGACGAGGAGUUUUCUGUCCUGAAGGAUCAGUGCUAUGAGUAUACGGACCGAGAAUAUACCUACAAAUUGUGUGUCUAUGAGCGGGCAUCACAGCGACCAAAGGCAGGAGGCUCAGAGACAAGUCUUGGUACAUGGGGAAAAUGGAGUGGCCCAGAAAAUGACCGAUAUUCCUCUCAGCUUUAUGAACGUGGACAGAAUUGCUGGAAUGGCCCGGACCGAUCUGUAAAGAUCCAUUUUAAAUGUGGCCCAGAGAACCAGUUGGUCAAUGCCUAUGAACCCAGUCGCUGUGAAUAUGCAUUUGACUUCAUUUCUCCAGUCAGCUGUUCAGGGAAACUAUCACCAAUGGAUACACAUUCUCACGAUGAACUUUGACCUGUAAUCUAUCCUCUUAUAAUUUAUAUUUCAAAGAUUUCUGUUAAUUAAAAUCUCAUCACACCUUUUGUAAACAUUUUAUAAUAACAACCCCACAGUUUUUGUCACACAUACUGUAAUGUAGGUGGACUUACCUUUUUGUACUUUAAGAUAUGUGAAAUCCAUUCAUAAGUGAAGAACAUUCAAUAUAAGACAUGCUGAAGUUACCAGUAAAGAAAGCGACAUUGAAAUAUCAUUGAACAUUUAGUGCUGAUAUACUUAUCAUUAAGAUUCAGUAUUUGUUGCAGUAGUGCUAUUUAGGGAAAACAAUUUCUAUUUCAAUCAUGUAUUAUCUCUAAUAAAUUCUAUCAAACAUGAUCAA